ACUGUUUCUAUACCAUGCGCCCGCGCUGCUUUGCCGCCGAUGAAGCGAAUGAUACUGCAGCGUGUGCCGUCCACCACUGGGAUGACUGCGGCUAUGGCUGGCUACACCUUGCGCCCAUCCUCAUCUGCUUGUGUCUCUGGGUGCUCGUCGGCGUCUGGAUGCUUCGGCCCCACGUCACUCUCCACGGCCUUCUUCGAAGCGACGCCGCCGGCGUCCACGACCCCAUCGCGCAAGGGAUUGCCAUUGCCUUGUCCCAGCGCAAGUACCGGUCGUUGCGGCAGCAGCGCGUUCAGCGGGCGGUGCGACUGUUAGCCAUGUGGGUCGAGCUGCCCGAGUUUGCACUGGUGCCGUUGGAGCUGGCCUUUCGCAUCACGGGCCAGCCAGAUGGUGUCGAGGCGCUCAUGGCGAUCCUCGAGUUUGCCAGCGAGGGCAGCACCAUUGUCAUGUCUUUGGUAUGCGGCAGUGCCAUGCUCCUCUUUCAUUGGUCCAAGCGAUGUCACGUGUUCCUCGACCGCAUCGUGCACCCGCUAGCUUUGGAUCUAUUUUACAUCCCCAUGAUCACGGCCUUCUUGCGGCUUGGGACGUGCCCAAUGAGUGGCGAGCACGUUGUAUUGCCCGGUGGAAUUGCCUGCGACUGUGUCGACCGCUUUGGCUACUUUUGGGCGCUCGGACUGAUCUCGUUCGUCUUGCUCUAUCGCAGCGCGUUGCACCACAAGAUGAACGUCGAGCCGCUCGCAACAACCAUGGACUUUCGUUUCCAGCCGAGCUACCAGUUUUUCAUCGUCAUGGCCCGGACACUCAGUCCCAUCAUGUCGAUUGUGGCCAGCAACGUGAUUGCCAGCCGUAAUGGAACGAUCGGUCUCCUCACUGGUCUCCUAUUUGUCUGGAGCUUUCUUCUCGAGUACUCGUACCGCACCCAGCCGUGCAUUGGCAGCGGACGUGUCCCCAACAACAUUCGCGUACUCGCCUUCUCGAGCGCCAUCUACACAACGCUCGCGUCCAUUGGUGUCUUGACGACCGAUGCGAGCAUCUCGACGCUGCUUUGGACACUCGUACCGCUGCCAAUCAUCGGUGUCGCUGCAUGGAAGAUCAACGACCGCCGCGCGCGCUUGUUUCACAUUCCCAACGUCUCGAUUGUCGAGCUGUUGAGGGAUGAAUCACCGGCGAUCCAGUUGGUCGGCGUCGUCGCUGCAUUGUACGCCAACCCGAACCGCGUCGUACAGACAGACCACGAGAAGCUUUUGGUGGAGCUACGUCGGCUUGCACAUGGCCCGAUGCACACUUCGCUGUGUCGUUUGUAUGCGCUGCGGACACUAUGGUUUAGCCACAUUGAGAGCUUUGCAACGCUAUCGCGUGUGACUGGUGACGCCAAGACAGCAGUCCCACCCAAGUACUGGCUCAAGGACCGGGCCAACAACGACCGACCGCCGCGUCGAUCGUACGUUCGACACAAGUAUGUCAAGUUGACCGCCGACAACAUUGUACUGCAGCCGCGACUCGUGGCACCUCGGUCGUCCAUAUCGUUUAUGCUCAGCGAUAUGCAGCAGCGUAUCCAAAGCCAAAAGAAGAAACAGAUAGCCUCGGUUCGGUGCUCCACAAACACAAGCACGACCGCGCCCAACGAUACGACACCUUGUUAUAUCGUCGUCAUCUGCGAUAGUCCGUGGCUCUCUCUCUAUCAACCCCCCGACGACGCCAUCGCGACAGCCAACGACCUCUUUCGCUUGGCGCUCGAUAUUUGGACUCAAAGCAUUGCGCUUCACGACCGCGUCGCCAUGCGUGAGUGUGCGCUCUUUCUACUCCAGUGGUACCGCACUGGCCACCUGUACCUCCAACCCGUCAUGUACCUCCAGAUCUUAUCGGCGCUCUGCAUGGUCGGCACCACCAAGCACAUCAUCGAUGCCACCCACAGCUUGUACAACGCGACGCUCGACAAGGUCACACCCGUGAUCGAUCGACGGUGA